AUGAAUCCAAACAACAUUUGCCUGAAGAAUGGAAAAUGCAAAAAUCAUUAUCCCAAAAAUUUUGAACCUAUAACAAGAUCUUCCAAAGACUCAUACCCAAUAUACAAGCGUCGUGCUGAUGGUAAUCAAGUGAAAAUCAGAGGGCAAAUUUUGGAUAACCGUUGGGUAGUUCCGUACAAUCCAUAUCUUCUUGCCAAAUAUGAUUGCCACAUUAAUGUGGAAAUUUGUUCAACAAUCAAAGCUGUCAAAUAUUUGUACAAGUAUAUUUACAAAGGCCAUGAUAAAAUUGCAUUCCAUAUUGUUCAAGAAAAUCAAUCAGAAAUCAUAGAUGAAAUCCAACAAUUUCAGUCCGCAAGAUGGAUUUCACCUCCAGAGGCAAUGUGGAGAAUUUAUGCAUUCUCUUUGAAUGACAUAUACCCAUCAGUAAUCCAUCUUCAAAUCCACCUUGAACACCAACAAUUUGUUACUUUCAAUCCUUCAGAUGACCUAAAUUCUGUGUUAAAUAAUCCCAUCCGUUCAAAAACAAUGUUGACUGAAUUCUUUUUGAUGAACAAGUCAAAUGAAAAGGCAAAUCUUGGAAAAUAUUUAUAUAAGGAAUUCCCUGAACAUUUUGUUUGGUGGCAACAAGAUAGAAUGUGGACUGAGCGAAAAAAGGACAAUGUUAUUGGGUGCAUUGUCACAGCACAUCCUGCACAAGGUGAAAGAUAUUGCCUUAGGUUCCUUCUAAACAACAUUAGAGGGCCUACAUCAUUUGAAUCUUUGAGAACCAUAAAUGGAAGAAAAGCAAAAACUUUUCGAGAAGCUGCCCUUCUCUAUGGUCUCUUACAAUCAGACAACAAUCUUGAACAAUGCUUGGAGGAAGCAAUCUCUUACCAAAUGCCUUACUCUCUAAGAAGAUUGUUUGCAACCAUUCUCAUUCAUUGUGCUCCUAAUAAUCCAAAGCAGUUGUGGGAAAAAUUCAAAGACUACAUGGUAGAGGAUUAUGCCAAAACAACAAAUCUUUUAAAACAAGAAAUUUUCAAAAAAGUUCUACAAAGCAUAAAUUCAACUCUUCAAUCAAUGAGCAAAGAUAUCAAAGAUUUCAAUAUUUGCUCUGACAACGUGCUUUCAUCUGAUAAUCAAGAUACCUGUUGCGAAAUUGAAGAAGAAAUGAAUAUUGUUGUUUCUGAAGCUGAUUACCAGUCUAUUUCUCUGUUAUCCUCGGAACAAAAAGUAGUAUUUGACAAAACCUUAAAUAGGGUCUUCUUAGGAAAUCAGGGGUGUUUUUUCAUAAAUGGUCCUGGAGGCACUGGUAAACAAAAUGGGCUUGCAAAUCUUUUGAGAACGGCAAAACUAAUCAUUUGGGAUGAGGCACCCAUGGCCAAGAGACAAAACAUUAAGGCAUUGAAUGAUAUGCUGAAAGAUAUCAAUGAGUCAGACUUACUCUUUGGAGGCAAAGUUGUAGUUUUGGGUGGUGAUUUUCGACAAAUACUACCAGUCAUUCCCAAAGGAACAAAAUAUGAUUCAAUUGAUGCUAGCUCGGUCAAUUCAGAAUUAUGGAAAUCUGUUGAGAAAAUAAAGUUGACUGAUGCGAGCAAGGCAUGA